AUGGAAGAACGCGGUGGUGGCGCCGGCAGUGGAGCGCAUCUCGCGGUUAUUGCUGGCAUUUUUGCGACCAGUGGUAGUCUUCUCGGCAAGCUCGCCGGUGGCGCUGAUGCAUCGUCAUUGUCAUCGUUGUUUCUAAAAGGAGUACUUCUCAUCUUCAUGAUCGUGUGCAACACCAUAGGAUGUACGUUUUUUGUCAAAGCGCUUCAUGCUAGCGGAUCUUCUUUGCCGAUAACGAUCGCCAGUGCAGCCACAAACUAUAUUUGUUCGGCGUUCGUAGGCUACAUCGUAUUUGAUGAAUCCACUUCAUUGACCUGGUGGUGCGGAACUUCCUUGGUACUUCUCGGCUUGAUGUUGAUCUGCAAUGUUCCCGCUGAAAAAAGCGCAUCCGCCAUCGAGGAAAAAUUGAAACAUCAAUAGCUGACGAUGGACACUUUUAUAUUCUGAGCAAAAGCGAUGAUGUCACAACGGUACGAUUAUUUCCAUUUUUGUAUUAUUGACAUCGACAGAUAUAUUUAUUAUGUCUUUACGUCGGAAAUACAUUGUAUUAUUUAUGAAAGAUAAAAAUGAAUUUCAAUGUAUAAAAUGAAGGUAUCAAAGAGUAAAUAGAUAGAUUAUUAUUUGUUACGGAUGUUAUUAAGUAUUAUAUUUAUAUGUAUGAAGCAGAGUUAUAUAUUCUUACUGUAAAUAAAAUAUUCUAUGUUUAUA